AUGAGUUUUAUCAAGUCAAAUCACAAAGCGGAAGACUUAAUCAAUACUAUUCUUAACACUACAGUUAAGGACAUCAUUCCUUUGACUACUUCAGGUGUAUCUUCAGGAUCAAAACUUUUCGGAGCUGCGAUUUUUAAGAAAGAUACAUUAGAAUUGGUUCAUGCAUCAACAAACAAUGAACAAGUAUCUCCAUUGCUACAUGGGGAAGUGAAUUGUAUCCAGGAAUUCUUUACUCAGAUUCCAGCAGAGUCUCGUCCAAGUCCUAAAGAUUGUAUUUUCUAUGCAACUCACGAACCAUGCUCAUUGUGUCUUAGUGCUAUUACAUGGGCUGGAUUUAACGAGUUUUAUUAUCUGUUCACAUAUGAAGAUUCGCGUAAUGAGUUUGCUAUCCCGUACGACAUUCAGAUCUUAGAAGAGGUCUAUCGAGUUGCAGCUCCUAGUGAUACUGAGGAGUCUCUGAAGAAACGGCCUCUUUACAACAGAGACAACCAGUUCUUUACCUCUCGCUCGGUGAGUGAAGUUGUUGACACUUUGGAUUUCUCUAAGAUAGAUGGAAUUAAACAGCGUGUCAGUGAAAUCAAGAGACAAUAUCAUUCAUUGAGUAAAACUUAUCAAGAUGGUAAAAACGAAGGAGUUCAAAGCUCUGCUGUGUGGGCUUAAUAUUAAGUACUUUUAAAAUAUAUGAUAAAGAACAUUUUGUUUGGCAUCUCACUAUAUAAUUUAUCUCAGGCUCUUAUAGAUAAUAGUUGUAUUUAGUGAUAGAUGUUUUACUUUGG